AUGCGUGUCUUCCUGCUCGCACUCGUGGCUGCACCCACAUUCCUGAUACGAGCUGACAUCCUCUCGAAGGCUGGGCGUCCUCAGACAAAGGGGCCCCAUGGCCCAGCUGUCGUACCCGUAUUGACCAAGGAUCACGACGAAGAUAUCCAUCCUGACAUGCUGCCGGGGGUUGGAAACUUAACGAACAUUGAGGAGAGAAUGAAUCUGAUGGAUCUUGAUGAUGUAGCCCAUUGGACCGAGUUAGCUGAUAUCCUUGCCUUGGCUAAGGAUGAGUCGCCGGGACAUGUUAUCAUCACCAAGGCUUUUAAUGCGUUCGAGGCUGCUCAUCCAGGUGUGACGCUGGAGGAUGCGAUAUCGAAAAGGUCGGAGAUGAUGCAGCUGGCAAAACGAUUUGCGCACAUGAAACAAUUGGUGUUCGAGUCACUUGUUUCUGAGCGAGGCGAAGCUGAAAUGGCAAAGUCGCUUGCUGGUCUACAAGAGUCUCAGAACGAGGUGGUGAAAGAUUUUGGAAUAAAGUACUUGCAGGUACUGACGAACUGGUGGGCCGACGACGGGGAACAAGCUCCCGACGUGUUUUACAAACUCAAGAUGAAUAAGCGCACCGUUUUCGAUCUUCUUAAAGGCGAGAGUACAUCAGACGUCGUGCUGAAGACCUUUUGCACGCGUAUCGUCGGCGGCAAGUUAGGUUUGGCACUGAACUAUCACACCAUAGUAGAAGCAUAUGGUGGUACCAUGAAGUUCAUGAAACAGGUGAAUGAAUCUGUUUUCGUACCAGAACUUCGCGAAGAGGCACUGAAGUUCCUGGUACGUCUUUUCAAGAUCAUGGAUGGUAACGAGAAGCUUACCAAUCCCGUCUUUAUCAAGUAUCUGGAUCAGUAUUUAUAUGUCAGCGAUUACGUGAAGGACUUGCCGGGCCACUUCCAGGAAACGAAAAUGUAUUACAAGCGAUUGAUGGAUGAUCUGAUAGUGCAGCUGUUUCAGCAUCCCGCCGCAACUGUGUAA